GUGUGCCGCCUGUGGGCCGGAUACGUGGACUUCCUGACCGCCUGCGGCGCCCCCGUGACGAAGGUGCGCCGCGCCGAGGAGCGUGCGCGCGCGUCCCAGGCGCCGGGCCCGGCGCUCACAGGCGACGGCGCGCCAGGCACAAAACGUCCAGCGGAGGCGGAGGACGCGCCGGCGGCGAAGGCGUUGAGGACGGCGUUGCAGGAGGCUUCCUCGAGCACUGGGCUCGUGAAAAACGAGGCGAAGGCGAACGCCGCCACGGCCGAGGAGGCUCCCUCGAGCACUGGGCUCGUGAAAAACGAGGCGAAGGCGAACGCCGCCACGGCCGAGGAGGCGGCGGCCGAGCCGCCCGCGGUGGCGGCCGGUGGCGCAUAG